AAGGAUGUGAUGGAUCGUACCAUACCCGAGACCAACUCACUUCCAAAUGGGGACACACAUCAGCCGUAAAGUCUGAAAGUUUAUCAGAGUUUACGAGGAAUAUAAUGCUCUCGGUCCCGGAAGAGCGGGAUGAACGAUGCUAAUGUUCUGCGGCAAGCCACCACCCAGUACCAAGACGACGCACACCAAGGCAAUGUCCCCGUCGAUCUUUGGAUAAUUUUAAGCCGUUCACCCAAAUGGCAACAACUCAACAACGAAGAGGCCGGAUCCUCAAAGAAAAGAUUCUCUGCCGAGGCCGAGGUUGAGGUCGAUGACACUAUCGGUUCGUCCCAACAAAGGUCUCCCUUCAACGUAGAUGAUUCCGAUGACGAGGAACCCAUUCCACGGCCGAUCGAAAAAAAGAAGGCAAAAUCCACUGCCUCGGGUUCUAGAGGAUCCGGGUCUGUUUUUUCUGACGACGAUAUCGAGUUUAGAGUUAAGAGCGAGAGGUCGAGCAAGAACAGGAACACUGAGAAGGCUAAACAGAGGCAAUACUACGGUGGUCGUCGCUCAGUCAGGGAGCAUGUGAAAAAGAUGGAGAAGCUUGUCCAAAAGAAGCAGGCGGUGUCUGGAUCUGGCUCAAAUUCUGUGGAUAUGAAAGAUAUUGCUGAUGAAGAACUUGAAGAUGAUCUUGGAUUGUAUGUUGACGUGGUGGGGAGGAAGAAGAACAGAAUUUUUGGGCAGGGCUGUGAAGCGGGUGCUUCGGGGUCUUUUUCAUCCGGAGGCCCUAGUCAUGAAGAUUAUGCUGCCAUCUUGAAGAAAGAGUUGGAGGAAAAAUUUGAAGAAAAGAGUCCUGCUUUGGAAAAGAAAUAUGAAGCUCAACCCCAGGACUUGUUAACGCAAUUUCAGGGAUUGAAAGAAUCAUUUACUUUGUUGACUCAGGGGCUUAGAAAGAAAGGCAGGCAACUGGGCAAGCAACUGGCACACGCACUCGUCGUCCACUUCCCGCAGCCACCGGCAGCAAAUCUCCUCCUCCGGCGUGCUCGCGCGGUGGUGCCGGCGGGGCCCAUGGCGGCGCAAGUGGGGCCCGCCGUCGGGGCGCGCGGGGCCCGGGGCGGCGACGAGCGAAGGCGGCGUUGGCGGGGGGAGGGCGGCGAACGGGAGGAACGAGCACGCGUGGUCAACCAGCGUGAUCUGGGACGCGCACAGCGGGCCGAUCACCUUCCAGUGGCUCUCGGCCGCCAUCGGGAAGACGCAAAGGAGCACUAAAAUGAAUGAUUUCAUCUUAG